UUCCCAAGCGGAGUUUCCACGACAGCUGGAAGCCGAGCGGCUAAGGCGCAUCGCUUCUUUGCUAAAAUAUUCUGAAAUAGCCGGACUUCUGCUCGUCUCAGCUCCUUCCAGAUUAACCCUGGUCUGGCAUGGGCGACAAGAGGAGCCCCACAAGGCCGAAGCGUCAACCGAAGCCCUCCUCCGACGAGGGGUUUUGGGACUGCAGUGUGUGCACCUACAAGAACACGGCGGAGGCUUUUAAGUGCAUGAUGUGUGAUGUCAGGAAGGGGACAUCAACAAGGAAGCCUCGCCCCGUCUCCCAGCUCGUCUCUCAGCAGCAGGUAACGCAGCAGUUCGUGUUGCCGUCGCAACCCAAAAAGGAGAAGAAGGAGAGAGUCGAGAGGGACAAGAGCGAACGGGAGACGACGCAGAAAAAGAACAGUCACAAGAAGAUGAGGCCAAGAUUAAAAAACAUCGACCGCAGCAGCGCUCAGCACCUUGAGGUGACGGUUGGUGACCUCACAGUCAUCAUAACGGACUUUAAGGAGAAGGCCAAGCCCUCGUCCACCUCCGCCACGUCCUCCAGCUCCGCCUCCAUGGCCGACCACCACAGUCAGAACGGCUCCGGCUCGGAAAACACAGAGAGGGGCCUCUCCCGCUCCUCCUCACCCCGAGGAGAAGGCAGCUCGGUCAACGGGGAAUCCCACUGAGUCCCUCAGAUCCGUCGCUCACGGCCUCCACCCACGUCUCAUCUGCAGAGCUGCAAGAGGAUUUUAUUUUAUUUUUUUCAGCUCAGCAGCGCCUCGUCAGUUGAAAACAAUUCCACAUCCAUGAAAUUUAGCAUUUGGGAUGAAUCGAUUUAUUUUAAAUCGCGUACAAUUCCUUACGUUUGAGUACUUGCUGAUACUGAGUACCGAUACAAGUACUCAUAAAUGCCAUUACACUUGAGAGUUACUUUGAAAAUGUGUCUAAGAGUCCGAGCAGCUGGCUGUUUGUGUUACCUUCUUAAGCCAAGCCAGGACAGCAAUAGUCUAGUCCAGUAGCGCCUGUUGGUGGAGCGCGGACUCAGAUCUGUAAUUCCCAGUGUCCUCGUCUGUAGCAGGUAGAGCGUGGUGUUCCAGCAGGUCUGCACAUCCUGGUGGAGUCUUUUGGCUGGUUGAGCUGCCGAAUAAAGGAGAGAGAGCCCAUGUCACGUCAAAGCCCUCCCUCCCAUUUUUUUAAAAAGAGACACUCUGCUCGCUCCCUCAC